UCCUGAGACAGUUCCACAGACAUGGAUCAGACAGAAUCAGCAGCGCUGCACAAACCGAGCUCGUUCAGCAUCACGAGUCUGCUGCUUCCGUCUAAGAGCGACAGACACGGCUCGACGCGUCCGGAGAGCAGCACCGAUCCGACACGGUCCCCGGAGGCCCCCGGGACGCAGGAGCGCGCGGAGACACGUGAUGCUGAAGGGGAAACCGGCACAAACACGAGGCUCGACAAGCCGCCCUUCAGCUACAACGCGCUGAUCAUGAUGGCGAUCAGACAGAGCCCCGACAAGAGACUGACGCUGAACGGGAUCUACGAGUUCAUCACCAAGAACUUUCCGUUCUACCGGGAGCACAAGCAGGGCUGGCAGAACUCCAUCCGCCACAAUCUGAGUCUCAAUAAAUGCUUCGUCAAAGUGCCCAGACAUUACGAUGACCCGGGGAAAGGUAACUACUGGAUGCUGGACCCCUCGAGCGAUGACGUGUUCAUCGGCGGAAGCACGGGCAAACUCCGGAGGCGCUCGGCGACCUCUCGAGGCAAGCUGGCCAUCAGACGAGCACUGCGCGGUCCCCCGCUCGGGCUGACGGAGAACAGUGCUCUGUACUGGCACAUCUCGCCUCUGUUAUCGUUACACCCGCAGCCGUACACCGGAGCGACGCACGCGCUUCUGAGUCCGGCGCACGGUUACGGGUCUCCGGUCCCCGGCGGUCGGGACGUGCUUCGGCCCGUUCUGGGGAGCUCUGGCGGUCCUCUCAGUCUGACGAACUCUUACGGGAUGAGCUCGUCCCCCGUGGGGCUGUUACCCGUCCCGUCCGGGCUCCUCGGUGACCCCGUCAGGACCGUGUCCUUCUCUGCUCUGUCCCGGCAGCACACCGUCUCUCCAGACUCCUUCUGAACCGACGGGCAACGGAUUCCGCCGAUCGGAUCAUGCAAUCAUGGACUAAAUGCUUCCGUGCAGUUUAACGAACAUAACCGAGUUGGGCUUCAUUUGUAUGCGCUUCGAAAGCGCAAGAACCUUUUGGUGAAAAGUUGCCAGUUAAUGCGAUUUAACUGCAGAAUAUUUAUAUGCUUUUCGAAGUCGAG